CAGGCGCUCUCAGCGGUGAACAGGCGGUUUCCGGUUCCGUCGCCCUCUUUCUCUUCAACGAGGCGGCCGAGCGGACGCAGACAUGCAGAUCUUUGUGAAGACCCUGACGGGCAAGACCAUCACCCUCGAGGUUGAGCCCAGUGACACCAUCGAGAAUGUCAAAGCCAAAAUCCAAGACAAGGAGGGCAUCCCCCCUGACCAGCAGCGUCUGAUAUUUGCCGGCAAACAACUGGAGGAUGGGCGGACCCUCUCUGACUACAACAUCCAAAAAGAGUCCACCCUGCACCUGGUGCUUCGCCUGCGAGGUGGGAUCAUCGAGCCAUCCCUGCGCCAGCUUGCCCAGAAGUACAACUGUGACAAGAUGAUCUGCCGCAAGUGUUAUGCCCGCCUGCACCCCCGUGCUGUCAACUGCCGCAAGAAGAAGUGUGGCCACACCAACAACCUGCGCCCCAAGAAGAAGGUCAAAUAAAGCUCAGCCAGCCCCUCGUCCAGAAGGGCACCACCUGCCCAACGCCUGCAGCCUUGGGGCCUGAAUAAAGUUUCCCUCCCUUGACUAGAGCAGCA